GCGGGCGCCCCCCGGCGCCCCCCGCGCACCAAGAUGGCGGGCUCGGAGCCCCACGGGGACGCGACCGCGGCGGCCGUGCUGAAACUAGAUGACGGGCAUUUAAACAACUCCCUGGGAUCUCCCGUGCAAGCAGAUGUGUAUUUUCCACGCCUCAUCGUACCGUUUUGCGGGCACAUUAAAGGAGGGAUGAGGCCGGGCAAGAAGGUCUUAGUGAUGGGGAUCGUAGACCUCAACCCUGAGAGUUUUGAGAUCAGCCUGACGUGUGGGGAGUCCGAAGAUCCUCCUGCUGAUGUGGCCAUCGAACUGAAGGCUGUGUUUACAGACCGGCAGCUGCUAAGAAACUCCUGUAUAUCUGGUGAGCGGGGUGAAGAACAGUCGGCGAUUCCCUACUUUCCAUUCAUCCCAGACCAGCCGUUUAGGGUUGAAAUUCUUUGCGAGCACCCUCGUUUCAGAGUAUUUGUGGACGGACACCAGCUCUUUGAUUUUUACCAUCGAAUUGAAACGUUGUCAGCCAUUGACACGAUAAAGAUAAACGGAGACCUCCAGAUCACUAAACUGGGCUGAACUUGUUCAGACUCUCUCAAUGCCAAACGAGAUCAGGGACGACCCUUUGUCUGGAAGAGCUGUCCUAGCCGAAUCUGGAGACUUUUAAAGGCAAGCUUCACUGCCUCUGCUGUGUGUGCAGUUUAAACCCAAAUGAUGAACUGAGUUUAGGGCUUAAUCGGCAGCAGUUUAUCAGUUUUCAAAUGGGAACAUUGCAUCGACAUCAGAAAUGCUCAACCAUUUUUAACACAGACAAUUCUUCGUGUGCAAAUAUCAUUUCUGCACUGAAGUGGAUGAGUGUAGCACAAUCAAAAAUAUAUAUUUUAGUCAGGGUAUUAAAUAGAAUAUAGGUUGUUAAAGUUUUUUGCACAGCGUAAUGUUAUUACAUUUUAAGGCUUCCCUGUAGUUUAUUUAUUUAUACUCGAUGUAUGAAUUAGAAAAAUAAGCAAUGUUAUUGAGCAUCAAGGACAGCAAGUACAAGAGUUUGGAAUGUACAGAUGUCUUAGGUUCUUUGGGUAAAUUAAACAUAUCGUUCUUGAAACACA